GGACAGUACAACUACACAUCGUGCAGUUAUUGGCGGAAUCUCAAUGUAAACACUGGCUCCGAAACGUGUCCCCGGAAUAAAUAAAACGUAAAAACAAUUACCAGUUCCUGAAAAACUGGACACAAUGGCAACAGAAAGUGGUGAAUUGACCCCGAUAAAGCCCUCGAAGUUCUACCCGGGGAGCAGUGAAAUGAAGAAAAAACUCGACGAGAUCGAGCAGAAGUGUCAGAAGAGGCGUCUCUUGCUGCGUGAGGCCAGCAGGUUCAGGCCGACUUUGCUGGGGCCAUCGACGUUCUGGGAGAAGUAUUAUAAGCAGGCUGAGGCCCUUGAGGCUGCUCGUGAGCACAGCACGAGGCACGACCCACUGUGCACUUUUGUGUAUCAGGAUCAUCACAACGACGGUCGCAGGAUGUUUGUCGUCGCUCAUCCAGAGGUCUACUGGCACUCCUUCAUCAGGCAGCAGCCCGAGGAGAGGUGCACGUAUGAGGUGAUUCCAGAAGGUGCUCCAUGCUGGCUGUACUUAGACCUAGAGUUCCAGAGCUCCUUGAACCCCGACAGUAAUGGGCCCUCGAUGACGAAAACCCUCCUAGAAAUACUCCUCGCCUUCUUGAAAAAAUACUGGAAGCUCGAUUGCUCGGAGAAGAACGUCUUGAACCUGGACUCGACGACCCCAAGAAAAUUCAGCAGACACUUGAUAUUCUGCACGAAGGACGUGGCCUUCAAGCACAACAUCCACGCAGGUAGAUUCAUAAAAAGCAUCACAACCGAGAUUGACGAGUACCUCUCGUCAAACGGUUCAGCCUUCCACGAGGUCCUGAGCUUCUUUCCCCUGAAGGACCUCGAGUCCCUCUUCAUUGAGACCGACAAGAAGAAGAAAAUUUUCGUGGACACGAUGGUCUACACCAAGAACAGGCACUUCAGGGUGUACAAGGCCACGAAAUGGGGGAAAUUAUCUCACCUGGAGGUGGCACCAGAGUGCAACUACGAGCCAACUGUCGAACGAAAGGACAAGAACCUGAGCAUCUUCCUGGACUCGUUGGUCUCGUUCUUCCCUGAUAAAGACUCCUUCACUCUUCUGGAGUUCAACCAUGACUCCUCGAGAGAGGUGGACAAGUACCCCAGAGGACUCAGCCAAGGCCACAGGUUUUUCAGUCAGAAUCAGCAAACAACUGAGUCCCCCUAUCCAUUCGUCGAUAAAUUCAUUAGGAAACUGGUGCAGCCCGGACACGUCAGAUGCUGCAUUUAUUUCGAGGCUUCUAAAACUAUUCUUUACGAUAUCCUUGGAAACAGAUUCUGUGCCAAUAUUAAUCGCCACCACAAGAGCAACAACAUCUACUUCGUCGUUGACUUGAAGGAAAAAGUUUAUUACCAAAAGUGCCACGACGAGGAGGACUGCCCAGGUUUCAGGUCAAACCUCAUGCCAUUGCCAGUAGAAAUAUCAUUCCUCCUCGACGAAGAGGAUGACAAUAUUUUCUUGAGCAUCCCAGACUCCGACGAGUCAUUCUCCCCUAUUUAUUCUGAUAAUAGUAUUGAACGGGAGUGAACUGAAUUAAUUAUUCAGAAUUUAAAAUAUGUGGAGUAUUUUAUGGAAACAAAUUCGUGUAUAUAUUAUCGAUGAUACUCUCGUCAUCAUCAUAAUUGUUAUUUAUAUAUAUUUAUACACAAGAAGAAAUAGAAGAAAUUAUUGAUUAGAGUAAUGAAAAAACCGUUGGUUUCCUUUACAAAUUUAUGAAUCUAUUUUUUUAUCAUACAGAUACUUCAACCAGUUGUUCAAUGGCAUUUUUUCUUGAGCAACAAAUGUAAAACAUUAUUAACAUUUAUACAACACCGACUUUAUGUACAGAAUAAUGUAUCGGUGAGACAACGAGGAGAAAUUAAAUCGAAUCGUUUGAUCGGUCAUUAUUUUACAAUUGAAGAAUGUAAAGAGCGUGAUUUGAUUAAAAAUAGACUAUUCGCAUCAUAAAACAGAAU